ACUACGGACACAGUACAGGAAAUGACCAGAGACUGCGGACAUAGUACAGGAGAUUACCAGAGACUGCGGACAUUGUACAGGGAAUGAUCAGAGACUGCAGACAUUGUACAGGGAAUGAUCAGAGACUGCAGACAUUGUACAGGGAAUGAUCAGAGACUGCAGACAUUGUACAGGGAAUGAUCAGAGACUGCAGACAUAGUACAGGGGAUGACCAGAGACUGCGGACCUUUGGGGAGCAGAGGGGGGGGAGCAGGUACCCGAAUUUGACAGAAGACUGCCAGACCAUUCAC